ACACAUUUUUUAAAUAGCGUCAAAAAAUAGAUAAUAUGAAUUUAUUGUUUACAGGCAAUUUUUUCGUGAUUAAAUGUUUCAGGUAACGAAUGCCUUUGGCGGUAAAAAGAAGAAAGUUACGUGAAAAUUUUGUCGGUUUGAAGUUACUAACUUUGAAAGACAUUUGGAAAGAAAUCAUAUAGACGAAAAGGAAGUUCGCGAAUUUUUAUCAUAUCCAAAACAAAGUAAACAAAGAAAGAAGGUUAUUUCACUGCUACGGAACGCAGGACACUUUGAGGACUUUCUGAAAGGUGCUGUUAAACCAAUAUACCGAACCAACAACAAACCUGCCCAAGAAUACUACCCUUGUGCACAUUGCAAGGGAAUUUAUAUCAAAAAAAUUUUAAGUCGGCAUCGCAAAAAUUGUUUAUCGGCAAAUAUUAAUGAGAAGUUUAAAAAAGAAAAUCAGCUUUCUGCAUCCUAAACAUUAAUUGCAUCUGCUAUUGACGAAAAUAAUACAUUGCACAGAUUGCGCGCGAAAGAAGAAGUGUUUAAUAUUAUGAAAGCUGAAAAACUGAUCCACUAAUUUGUCAUUUUGGGGAGCAAUAUCUCAAAAAACAUAAUAGAAAACAGAUGAGGUUAGUGUGUUCGAAUAAAAUGCGCGAACUUGCUAAACUUCUUAUAGACAUCAGAAAUAUAAAAAGUGAAAAUGGUCGCUUCACCCUGAUAGACCUAAUGGAUCCUGUGUUAUUCGAUCUUGUGGUAGAGUCGGCUAAGAGAAUUGGUGGAUAUGAUCCUGCCAGUAAAACAUAUAGGGCACCUAGUUUAUCAGCUCACAUAGGAACAACACUUAAGCAAGCAGGCGAAUUGUUAAUUCGUCUAAUACUAAAAAAAGAUCCAUCCAUAAAGUGUACUGAUCCCGAAAUGAAAAUAAAAGAAGUAAAACGCUUUCGAGAUCUCAUUGCUUCGCAGUGGACUACAGAGAUUAGUAGCCUAGCUUUCAAAACUAUGAGUGAAACUAAAUGGAAUAAACCAGCCAUACUACCGCUAACUAAAGAUAUAUUAAAAUUUAAAGAUUUUGUGAUUCAAUGUGGAAAUAAAGCUGCUGCUGAUAUGAAAAACGACACAAAUAAUAAAAAAGAAUACAGAAUUUUAACUGAUGUGUGCCUAAUGUUAACAAUUCUUUAUAAUAGAAAGCGUAUCGGCGAUGUCAAUACACUAACCUCGAUACAUAUCUUCGCAACUUUUCUUCUAUUAAUCAAGAUGAGUGUUUAAAUGCUUUGACGGAAUCGGAAAAAAUUUUAACAAAAAAAUUAUAAAAGGGUGGUUACUGGUGGAAAAGGCAACCGGCCAGUAAUAAUAUUAUUCCCACGAGACAUUCAAGACUACAUAAACCUAAUGAUUGAAAUCAGACUAAAAACCAAUUUUAUUUCGCUGGACAACAAAUAUUUAUUUGCUUAUCCAGAUAGUAAUCACUCGCCAAGAGCAGAUGUCGCAAUAAGAAAAUAUGCGCAAAGAGCAGAUUUGGAAUUUCCACGUCAACUGACGUCCAAUAAGUUACGAAAACAAAUAGCAACCGUAAUGCAAAUUGUAAGGUUAAGUCCGGAAGAAGCUGAACAAUUUGCCACUUUUAUGGGUCAUACCGAAAAAACCCACAAUGAAUUUUACAAACUGCCGCAAGACCUUUAUCAAACGGCAAAAAUUUCCAAGCUACUAAUAAUGAUGGAUAAAGGGUGUGGAGCAGAGUAUAAGGGAAAAUCUUUAAAUGAAAUUAAUAUAAACCCAGAAAUCGAAUGCGUCGAAUCUGACUGUGAAUCUGCCAGUGGGGAUGUAUGCACCCCAGUUGAAGAGAACCCUUUACCUUUUACUGAGCAGCCGUCAUCAUCAACGGAUGAAAAAACGUUAGGGAACAAAAAACGUUCAAAGGAUACCGGAAGAAGUUCUUGGACCGAAAACCAAGCUAAUAUAGUGUUAAAACACUUCAAAAUUAACAUUAAAAAGAAAAUUGCACCCAAGAAGCAUGAGUGCUUAGAACUAAUUGAACAGUAUCCCUCUUUGUUAAAAGAAAAAGGAUGUAUUCGCAUUAAAACUUAUGUUUAAAAUGCGUACCGUCAAAAAUAGUUUUCAAGAAAAUAUCGUUUAUUAUUAAUUUUUACAGUUGUUGUCUACGAAAGGUAGUGUUUUUUGAUGUAUGUUUUUGUUAACAUUAUGUUCUUAUUACCAUUGCAUUUUACUUUAAUUUGUAUAUCCUCAAGGAAAUAACAUAUUUUGUCAAAUAAAUGGGUACAACUUGGACUCUAUUGAUAACUUUUUAAGCUUGCGUACAUUCGAGUAGGCAGUCCUUUCUUUGCGGUUUUGUUUCUGUUUCUGUAAACCACCAUAUUAUUAAAAAUUCUUCAACAGAAAUUUUCUUUUUUUCUUCUUACCCUUACCCAGUAUUGGGUAGUCACUAGAUGCUAAUAAAACAAUUUAAUUUCAAGUUUCCCGUAUUGGAAAAGCAAUUUGUUUAUAUACUGAUUUAGUUGCUUUUAAA